AUGAUCCGACCUAAUGGCCUCGUGUCAUUCCUGAUUUGUUACUUGCUCAUGAUUUUGAGUUGCACACCAUUGCGAUGUUCUGCACUCGAAAGUGCUUUCCCUCCUGGAUACCCGAAUAUUGGAGGGCCUCCCGGCUACACAGCAGCCCAGCGGCAGGUCUUCUUGAAGACGUUCCAAGACGGACUUGAUCUGGCGAAACACACUGUUCUCUUCUGGCCAUGUGAUCCUGCCAACGACGAGAUAUACACUCGUUAUUUCGAUCCUGCGGACGCCACCUUCGUGAAUCAGAUGUUCCGAGCAAUCGCGAAUAUCGACUUCAACCUGGACUUGACGGAUCCGCAAAAUGUCGCCCAGCUAGUCUCUCAACCAGCAACUUGGAAUGAGAAGUUGUCGAGAUUGUCUAUUCACUUCAUGGAGGACCACCCAGGUGUGGCACAAAUUCCAGCCCCAGUACGCGGCCAUGGAUCUUGCCAACCAAGGUUUACCGCCGCCUAUGUGGUCCCAACCGAUGGCGGUCGAUCUGCGCUGAUGUCGGUCUGCCCGUGGGCUUACGUGGUUUACCCAUUCUUGCACGACAUCCAAAAUCCUCCUGCAUGGGCUGUGGAUCCAAGCAAAGACCAAAGCAAAGGACCGCAAUACUACGAUGGGUAUGGGUGCGAAAGUCUGGGUAUAUCUGACAGCUGGCUUCUGUACAGUCUUUCAGCCAUGAUGCUGCACGAGCUCAUGCACUUUCCUGGUCUAUUCGAAGAUGUCCCUGGCUACGCUGAUCAUAUUACGAUUGGAAUCUCCAAAGAUAUCAAUCACAUGAUCGGGGACUUCAUUGGUCCAGCUCCCCCCGACGGCUAUGGCCCCUACAAUGCCAUGCUAAUCAACCGGCUUCAGCCGAAAGAUGCGAAAGGACUUGCAUGGAAGGGCAUUUGGAAUGCCGAAAACUUCGCCGCCUAUGCUGCCAGCAAAUACUGGUCAGAAGGCUGCGGAAGGACGUUCAAAGAAUGUCCCAACCCCACGGCUGCUGACCCAUUUGAACGACACCAACCUCAAUGGCCCUUCUGGUCUUAA